AUGGAUGACAGCGAGAUUAACAAAGAGCUGAAGCAGAAGUUAAAUGUCUCCUCUUGUGAAGAAGAAAGAGUGGAAGCACCAGAGAGCCCUGAGGCCCAGAGCUGGACCCCAGAGAAAUCGGGCCAGGCCGCAGAGACAAAGUUCCCUUCGCCCCAGACCCCUCUUCAGAGCGGCCACGGUCAGGACGUGGAUGAGCUGAGUCCAUAUCAGAGGUGGAAGAUGCUGCGGGCAGGUCCUCCAGGAUGUCCUCAAACACCGGUCCCAGAGAAGAGAGGGUCACUGCGCUGGUUCAGCCCGCAGAUGCCAGACAAGACAGAGAGGACGUUUUCACAGCACAGCAGUCCACACAUGUCCACGAGAUGUGUCCUACGAAUAAUGGAAAUGACUUCUCGCUAUGAAAAGGAAUUCCUGCAGCUGGAGAGGAUUGGAAUUGGGGCAUUUGGAACAGUCUACAAAUGCAUUAAGAGAUUAGAUGGGUGUGUUUAUGCAGUCAAACACUUGAUUAGAUCUUUUGAUGACAUUAAAGAUGAGGACGUGGUGUUACGGGAAGUGUAUGCCCACGCGGUGCUCGGGCACCACCCGCACAUAGUGCGUUACUACUCCUCCUGGGUGGAGGACAAGCACAUGAUCAUCCAGAACGAGUACUGCAAUGGUGGGAACCUGCAGACUGCUGUGUGUCACACGAAGGUGGUCAACAGUCAUUUCCAAGAGUCCCACCUCAAGGACAUCCUUCUGCACAUUUCCUUGGGGCUGAAGUAUAUGCACAGCACUGACCUGGUGCACCUGGACAUCAAGCCCAGUAACAUCUUCAUUUGUUAUAACACCUCCUCUUCUGCCACCUCAGCAGAGCCUGGGUCUGAGGCUGAUUGGUUUCUCUCUGCCAAAGUGAUAUAUAAAAUUGGUGACCUGGGCCACGUGACAUUAAUAAGUAAACCUAAAGUGGAAGAGGGUGACAUUCGCUUUCUGGCUUCCGAAAUUUUACAAGAGGAUUUUAAGCACCUUCCGAAAGCAGACAUAUUUGCCUUGGGAUUAACAAUUGCAGUGGCUGCAGGAGCCGAGUCCUUACCUAGCAAUGGUGAUAAGUGGCAUCAUAUCCGCCAGGGGAACCUUCCAGACAUACCGCAGAUGCUCUCUGAGAGCUUUUACAGUCUGAUCCAGAGCAUGAUCCGCCCUUCUCCAGAGGACAGGCCUUCUGCGGCCACGCUGGUCAAAAAUCGGCUUCUGUGUCCCUCCCUGGGUAGGAUGGAAGAGCUCCAGCAGCAGCUGAACCUGGAAAAGUUCAAGACCACCCAACUGGAAAGGGAACUGCGAGAAGCCCAGCAGGCGUCCCCCAUGGGAGAGGCCCGCUCCCAUGGCCCCGAGGACGUGGGCACACCAUCGAGACCCAGAAGCACCAAACGCCUUGUAGGAGGGAAGAGCAGAAGGUCUUCGAGCUUCACCUGUGUGGAACCCUCAGGGGACAGUUUCAUGUCCUUGUGA